CCCAUGGAAGGAGCAAAUCACUCUGUAGUGUCAGAGUUUGUGUUCCUGGGACUCACCAGCUCUUGGGGUCUCCAGAUGCCACUCUUCCUGUUCUCCUCUGUGCUGUAUGUGUCAAGCAUGGCAGGGAACUCCCUCGUUGUCUUCGCCGUGGCCUCUAAUCCUCACUUGCACUCCCCCAUGUACUUCCUAUUGGCCAACCUCUCCUUCAUUGACUUAGGGGUGUCUUCUGUCACCUCCCCCAAGAUGAUUUAUGACCUUUUCAGAAGACGUAAAGUCAUCUCCUUUAGAGGCUGCAUCACUCAGAUCUUCUUCAUCCAUGUCAUUGGUGGUGUGGAGAUGGUGCUGCUCAUAGCCAUGGCCUUUGACAGAUAUGUGGCCAUAUUUAAGCCUUUGCACUACCUGACCAUCAUGAGCCCCAGGCUGUGCAUCUGCUUUUCAGUGGCUGCCUGGGUGGUGGGCCUUGUGCACUCUGUGGUUCAGUUGGCUUUUGUAGUGAAUUUGCCUUUCUGUGGUCCUAAUGUGUUGGAUAGCUUUUACUGUGACCUUCCACGGCUCAUCAAGCUUGCCUGCACAGAGAUCUACCGACUGGAACUCAUGGUCUCCAUCAACAGUGGCUUUAUCUCUGUGGGUACCUUCUCCAUUCUGAUCAUUUCCUAUGCUGUCAUCAUAUUCACGGUUCAGAAACAUUCUUCAGCCGGUUGCGCCAAGGCCCUGUCCACACUGUCAGCUCACAUCAUGGUGGUCAUCUUGUUCUUUGGUCCUCUGAUGUUCUUCUACACAUGGCCAUAUUCUUCAACACACUUGGAUAAGUUUCUGGCCAUAUUUGAUGCUCUUGUCACUCCUUUUCUGAAUCCUAUCAUCUACACACUCCGGAAUCAGGAGAUGAAGGAGGCCAUGAGGAGAGCAUGCAGACAGCUACUGAGUUACAGGAAGAUCUCUUAA